AUGACUUCAAUACAAAAACAAGUCGGCCAGCUCUUCGCAGUCGGCUUUUAUGGUCUCUCCCCAAGCCCCGAGAUCAAGACUUUAAUUCACGACUACCACCUCGGAGGGAUCGUACUGUUCUCACGCAACUUUGAAAAUGCAGAACAGCUUCAGGCCUUGACACAUGAUCUACAGCAGGAGGCUAAGUUAGCGGGACACCAGCGACCGCUGCUUAUUGGGAUCGAUCAAGAGAAUGGAUUCGUGACUCGAAUUUCUCCCCCGGCCGCUGCUCAAGUCCCAGGGCCCAUGGCCCUUGGAGCUACGCACGACCCAGAAUGCGCCUACAGUGCGGGGAAAGCCACAGGCGAAACGUUGAGUUUCUUCGGAAUCAACAUGAACUAUGCCCCCGUCUGCGACAUUAAUUCGGAGCCGUUGAAUCCGGUUAUUGGUGUACGCAGCCCGGGAGAUGAUCCCGAAUUCGUGGGUCGCUUUGCCAGCGCGACAGCGCGGGGACUGCGGGAAACGAACAUCGUUCCCAGCGUGAAGCAUUUCCCUGGUCAUGGCGAUACUGCGGUUGACUCCCAUUAUGGGCUUCCUGUCAUCCCGAAAACAAGGGAUCAAUUAGAGCGGUGCGAGUUGAUACCUUUCCGACGAGCGGUCGCUGAGGGGAUUGAGACGGUCAUGACUGCUCAUAUCUCGUUGCCGUGUAUUGAUCUGACGCGUCCCGCGACGCUUUCUGCCAAAGCGUUGAAUAUCCUGCGCAAGGAUAUGGCGUAUGAUGGCAUGGUGAUUACAGAUUGUCUGGAGAUGGAUGGUAUCAGGUCCACAUUUGGCACUGAAGAGGGGUCGGUACUGGCCUUGCAAGCUGGUAGCGAUAGUCUGAUGAUCUGUCACACAUUUGAGGUGCAGUUAGCUUCGAUCAAGCGGGUCUGCGAAGCCGUAAAAUCUGGGGAGAUCGAUCAGUCACGAUUGGAAGAUGCUUGUCGCCAUGUCUCUGCCGUCAAGGACAAGUUUUUAACAUGGGAAUCAGCCCUGCGACAAUCAGACCUGACACACCUCAGCUCACUCAACAACGGGAUUGCUGAGAAAACGAUGGAUAUAUACUCUCGGUCGACGACUCUGGUCCGCGACAAGAACGACAUCCUCCCACUAUCUAAGACUUCGAUCAUCAUCUUCCUUUUCCCCGGCGACAAGAUUCCCGCCGGUGGCGCCGUUGACGGCGAAGGUAUGGGUAGACAGGGAUCAUUCCACUCCAGGAGGUACCUUGACGUCCUCCGUCAGCACAACAAUUCCAUUGCGGAAAUCAGAUAUGGCACCGCUGGUCUAACUGCGGAACAAUGGCAGGUCAUUGACGUCGCAGAUGUUGUCAUCUUCACUUCGCUCAAUGCCCGAGAAUCCGCAUACCAAGAAACCCUCGGACUCGAGCUUGCGGAGCGUGUUCGGUCGUUGGUUCACAUUGCUGCAUGCAAUCCUUACGACUUCCUCGAUGCUCCCAGUGUUAAAACAUACAUUACCACUUAUGAGCCGACCAUAGAGGCUUUUUCGGUGGCUGCCGAUAUCAUGUUCGGGACAAUGAUUCCUACCGGUGCCCUUCCAGUCGGACCUAAUGCAUUGACCAAGACUUCUGCGGUAGUGACACCCUUCGAAGCAGAAAAAGAUCUCGAAGGAAUCAUCCAAGUCUGGAACGCUGCUCUACAAGGCUACAUAAUUCCCAGCGAAAGCUUGCAACCCCUGAUUGUGCGUCCAAACGGCCACCACUUCGUCGCUCGGAUUGACUCCACCGUAGUAGGCUUUUGCUUAGCAUACAUCAACGCCGACGGCGAUCCAAGCACCGUUCACAUUGCAGUUCUCGCCGUGCUACCCAGCUACCAACGGCAAGGUGUCGGAAUAGCCCUUCUGGAAGAAACGCGUGCACACUUCCGGUCGAAAUAUGGGUUCAAUAGUGUGAAAUUGGGCAGCUCAUUCCCUCGCUUCUGGCCUGGUAUUCCACAAGAUCUCCCAGACACAGUACAACACUUUUUCAUCCACCGAGGCUUCCGACUGAGUCCUCCAACCGCUCGAUCGGUCGAUCUAUAUCAAGACAUCCAGAACUUCCAAUCGCCAGAAAAGUACACCACUCGCGCCAAGGAUCGUGGGUUCCACUUCGCGCCACUCAAGGCAAAAGAUUAUGAAGAUUGUCUAGUUGGCCAACGACGCAAUUUCUCGGAUAAAGCGGGCUGGGUGGAAGCAUAUGUCAAAUUACACCCCGAUCAAUACCCAGACAGUAUCAUGACAGCAUUCAAUUCCGAGGGAGAACAAGUAGGCUGGACAUUGAUGUUGGGACCAUCAAAGCUUCUCAACGAGACAUGGGCAUUCCCUCAAGCCUGUGGGCCCAAAACGGGACUGAUUGGAGCCGUCGGGAUCGACGAGCCUUACCGCAAGUCUGGUAUUGGAUUAGCGAUGAUCUGUCAUGCCGUGGAAAACAUGAAGAAAAGAGGCAUCGAAGGAGUUUUCGUUGAUUGGGUUGCUUUGGACGGCUGGUACGAGCAAGUGGGCUUCAAGACAUGGCGGAGCUAUCGACCAGGUGAGCUUUGA